UGUCAAUUUUGCAAAUUUCUUGACAGCUAUGGGUCGCGAUAUUUUAUUCAGAAUUUUCUUGUUUUAUUUUAAUUUAAGGAAACACUUUUUAUGAUGUACCUGAACGCUGUAUUCGGUCACCCGUGUGAGGCCUUUAUAUAUUUCAGCAUUUGCUCUUUAGUUUUUAUCGUAAAAAAAACAGAUUCGAUGAUUAUUCUAGCAUUAGUUUAACGCAGAAUUCCUUACAUAAAAAACCUGAAAUACGCAAUAUGGCAGAAAAGAAAGGUAUUUUGCAGCGACUAGCUGAAGGUCCAGUUGUCGGAGAUGGAAGCAUGUGUUUUAUUCUCGAAAAACGAGGAUAUGCCAAAGCAGGUCGGUGGACCCCAGAAGCCGUUUUGGAGUAUCCUGACGCCGUUCUUCAGUUGCACAAAGAAUAUGUGAGGUCUGGAGCCGAUGUUGUUCAGACUGCUUCAUUUUAUUCCAACGACGAUAAAUUAGCAUACGGACGCAAGGGCGAAGAAGUAAUUCAUACAAGUGCCAAGAUUAAUGAAGCAGCUUGCAAAUUGGCUAAAAAGGCCGCUGACGAAAACGGAUGUCUAGUUUGUGGUGGAUUUUUUCCUGUUCCUUCAUAUAAAAAAAGCGGAGAAGAAGCGGCUAGUGUGGAAUAUCAAAAACAAGCUAAAGUUUAUCAGGAUCACGAUGUUGAUUUCGUUAUGGCUGAGUUCUUUCAUGACAUCAAUGAAAUUGAACUUUGUGCGAGUGAAAUGAAAAAAUUGAAUAAACCAAUUGCAUUGUGUAUGAGAGUUGGAUUAAUGGGAGAUGUAAACGGAGUCUCACCAGAAGAAUGUGCAAUACGGAUGGCAAAAACCGGAGCGGAGGUUAUUGGAACAAACUGCUCGUACGACACCGAUACCAGCCUCAAAGUGAUGAGGAGAAUAGUAAAUGCACUCAAAAAGGAAGACUUGCACCCUUACCUUAUCUGUCAACCAAUCGGUUACAUCUGCCCUGAUGCAGAAAACAGUCCAAUUGGCUUUUACUCUCUUAUAGAAUAUCCGUUAUGUCUCGACCCAAGAUCAAUGACAAGAAUAGAAGCUCACAAAUUUGCCAGAGAAGCGUGGGAGAUUGGCGUCAGAUAUAUAGGAGGUUGUUGUGGCUUCGAACCUCAUCAUAUUCGUGCAAUAGCUCAAGAGCUUGCUACCGAAAGGGGUAGAAAACCGCCAGUUGAAGAUAUGGCACAAGCAUUUGGCGGAGAAUAUUUUAAAACGAGCCUUAGGUCCGAUUUAGCGAGUGGAGAAAGAGCUUCAAAAGAAUAUUGGAUGAAUAUGAAACCAGGCUUUGGGAGACCUUUUAACCCACCGUGUUCGAAACCAAAGGACGAAAAUUACAACUAAUAAUUAAAAUGAAAUGUGAUAUGAAAAACAAAAAUGUAAUUUAGUGGAAGAGAUUUUACGACAGCAAUUAUUUACUAAUUUAUGAUUAUAAACUGAUUAUUUUUCGUUUUUGCUACUGUGUCAUUCUGUUUUGGGUCGAUGAUAUAAGAAUUGAUAUUUCAUUUUCAUGACACGGUGCAAAGGUGAUUACUAAAAUGUAAACAUUUAUACCAAUUAUACGUCACUGAUAAUCAGUUUCAAUUAUUUAAUUUGCUAUGCUAUUUAGACGUGUUUUGUAAUAAUAUUAAGAUUCUUAACAGUACUAAUGUAACCUAAUAUCAAUUUUCAUCAUUUUCCCUGUUAGUUUUGAAUGUGCUGGGACGUUACAAUUAUAUGCAAAUUUGCCAAAUACAAAUGCUUUGCGAUACUGAAAACAUGAGUUUUCAGGAUCAUAUGAAGAUUCCCUCAAAACUUACU